UCCCAGGCGGCUGCCGAAGAUGGCGGAGGGACAGGUCCUGGUUCUUGAUGGCCGAGGCCAUCUCCUGGGCCGCCUGGCGGCCAUCGUGGCUAAGCAGGUGCUUCUGGGUCGAAAGGUGGUGGUUGUGCGCUGUGAGGGCAUCAACAUUUCUGGCAAUUUCUAUAGAAACAAGUUGAAGUACCUGGCAUUCCUCCGCAAGCGGAUGAACACCAACCCCUCCCAUGGCCCCUACCACUUCCAAGCCCCCAGCCACAUCUUCUGGCGGACACAUCUAUUCUUGGUGUCGGGUCUUAGUUGA